AGCCAGAUGGAAUUUAUCUAUGAGAACCUUGACCCCAGAACUUUUCACUUCGCACUUUAUAUCAUAUGUAUUAUAAUGAAGAAAUGGAACGCGAUAGGAACACCGAGAAUAGAUAACCGUCCAUAAAAAGAAACCUUAGUUAGCAUUUUUUCUGCAAUAAUUCGGAGACAGUGAUAUCUAUCUUUUGUACGAGUUUGAUGAACCCAUCUGUUUUCGUUUAUACAUCUUACUUUCAGAUAUACAGAGAACAUCUUUUCUCUAAAAAAUGGACAUAUGUAAAAUAGUUUUUGUAAUAUGUUUUGCGACUGGUAUACAUUGUAAUCCGUUAUUUCCGUAUGAUUUAGUCGACUUGACAAGAAAUCUGGGACCAGAUUCAAUAUACUAUCCAACAUUAGGAGGAUAUGAAAAAGUUAUUGAACUCAAAGGAAGUAAAGAAUACGGUCACUGGGUAUAUUCUAACGUACUUAAGAUGACAGAACACGUCGGUACCCAUAUGGAUGCCCCAAGUCAUUUCAACAAAGUCGGAUGGAAUAUGCAUCAAAUACCAAUCAAUAAAAUGGUAGGUCCAGGGGUCAUUGUCAAUGUCAAGGAAAAGGCGCGAAAUAAUCCGGACUAUCGGAUAUCAAUAAAUGAUAUAAAAGAAUGGGAAGAAAAAUAUGGAAAAAUACCUGAUGGGGCAAUGUUAAUAAUGAAUUCGGGAUGGGAUGCAAAAUACCCCGACAAAAACAAGGUUUAUGGCACGAGGAAUAUAUCAGAUCUUUCCUCUUUUCAUCACCCAGGUUGGCACGAGGAUACAAUUUCUUGGGUUAUAUCUAAUAGACACAUACUUUUCAUCGGAACAGAUGCUCCAUCAUUUGAUUAUGGACAGUCUACUACAUUUCCAGUACAUGUUUUAACUUCAAAAGAAAAUAUAUCUGGUUUGGAGAACGUUGCCAAUUUGGAUAGAAUUCCACCUAGCGGAUCAAUUAUCUCUGCCGCAGGAAUGAAAACUAUUGAAGGAAGUGGAGGACCUCUCAGACUUUAUGCCAUGGUUCCAAAUUCUGGUGCUUACAAUAGUGCAGUGACAAUCGGAACAUCUAACAUGCUACUUGUUGUUAUUGGUACAUGUAUGACUAUACUUAUCAACCUGCAUCACUUUUAGAAAAUUAGAUUUAGAUAACUGUUACUGUAACAGUAUCUGUCGUUUUUAUUAGGUGAAACACAUAGAAAGAAUUGCAUGAAUUUUGAUACUAUUGAAGGAGUUUAUUUUAACUCUUUUUAAACUAUAAUGAAACCGUGCGGAAUCAGUGGUGUAGAGUCUGGAUUGUUCAAAUAAAAUUUAAAGCUGCAAAAAUAAAAAUGUAUAUUUCAUAUAUAAGAAAAGUGGAGAGUACAUCAAGGGACUAUUCAAAAAUCCCAAGUUGAAGAAUUACAGAAUACACCGUAGUCAUAAUA